AUGCAUAAGUGCUUGCGUAAGUACUUACGUGAAUACGUACUUGCAUGCGUACAUACGUUCUUACGUUCUUACGUUCAUACGUUCAUACGUUCAUACGUUCUUACGUUCAUACGUUCAUACGUUCAUACUCACAUGUGUGAUCACUUGCUUACCUGCCCCGUUAUGCCUUUUCAGUGCUCCUUCGAAGAAUUCCGGGGUAACAACAAAGUUAACUUAGAAAAAAUUGUACGCUUGAGCAAUAAAAGAUUAUUACGUACAAGUAAUGAUGAUCAAAUGAUGUAUAGCACGAAUAACCACCCGGAAUCAAGUACACAAGGUAUCAGGGAAAAUAAUAUGAAUACAUCCAACGAACAUGGAAAUAAUACUUGGCGGAUGGCAUACGAAGAUGGAUUAAGAUAUACAAAUGAAAGAAGGUUUGGGUAUAUUGGUAAUUGUAGUAGUAAUUUGGUACAUAAUGGUUCUUACCUUGAUAAUAUGGUACAACCUAAUAGUCUAACCAAUUUAAAAAUUUUGUUAAAUAAUAAUAUUAGGGAUAAUUUUACUUAUUAUCUUGUGUCCUUUUUUAUAGGAUUAAUACUUACGAAAAUUGCAGAUUCAGAAGUGUUAGUUUUAAUUUCUGCAGCUAUAGGUGGUGUAUAUUUACAGAAAAAAUAUUUGAAUAAAGAGAAUGUUGAUUCGGCUUUUAUAUAA